AUGGACACAUGGAUUGCCACCAUCGCAACUGCGGACGUGGCUGCGGGCGGAGCGGGCGGCGACCCAGCCAGGCGCAUCGAGAUGCACAAGCGCCUUGCGCGCCUGGCCGAGCUCGCGCUCGGCGCGCGGCAGCGGCUGGCGGCGCUCGAUGACGCAAAAGCGGCGCUGCACGAGCGCAAGGCGGUGCAGCAGGCGCAGCUUGCCGCGGCGCUUGACGCUCGGCUCUCGGCGGCCGACGCCGGCCUGCACCCGUACAGGGUUGCCCUCCACGACCGCGCGGCCGCCUUGGAGCGCGCCGCGGCGUUUUACUCGGACGCCCUCCGCGGCCUGCGGCCAGACCCCUCGGACGCGGAGUGGGCGGCGGCGGGCGCCGCGUUUGAGCGGCUGGCGGGGGACGCGGCGGCGGCGGCGGCGGCAGCUAGGGAGCAGGGGGAGCCGCGGGCGCUGGUGGAGCGGUUGGUCGCUGAGGUGGCCCCCAGCCAGGCCGACCAUGCGGCGGCCGUCGAGGUGCUGCGGGCGCGCGCGGACGAGCUGGCCGCGGCGCUGCAGCGGGCGGAGGCGGCGCGCGACGCCGCGCUGCGGCGCGCGGAGGCCGCGGAGGCGCUGCACGCGGCCGCGGACGCGCAGUCGCACGCGCUCGCCGUGGCGGUCGGGAGGCUGCGGCAGCAGGCGGCGGUGCUCGCUUCGACGGGCGCCCUUGGGUGGGGGGCUGGAGGCGCGGGUGAGAGCGCUGCUGCGGCGGCAGGCGGCCCGCGUUUCGAGCGGCCGUCAUUGACGGACAAGCGUGACCCAGUCGGCUCACACCCCGCCAUCGGCGGGGAUGGCGGCAGUCAAAGCGACCACGGCAGGGCAGCGAUGCUGGGGCCUGCGCGGCUGCGGGCGCAGGGCGGCGAGCUCGCGCCACAGGGCGCGCGAGCGUCGCUUCGGCGGCCCUCUUCAGCGCCCGCCGGCAGGCCGACAGGGGAUGUGUGGAUAGGGGCAGCAGAGGCCCGCGCAGCCGCCGGCGCCGCGGCGCACCCCGCAGAGCUGCGUGCAUGGGCGGGCCGGGACCAGUGGGGCGGCCCCCCGCGGGGGCUUCCAGGCGGCUGGGGAGCAGACCCUGACUGCGCGGGCGGUCGCGCUGGGUCGGCUGGGGACGCCAGCGUUGGCCGCGGCCUGUUUCUCAGCGCUGAGGUGGACAAGCAGGAAGCUUGGGACCUGCACGGAUCACCCCAGCUUCGGUCUGCCGCCGACACCACCGACACGCCUCAGCGCAGCAGGCUUGGCUUCAGCUGCGGUGGCGGCGGCGGCGGUGCGCUCGGCGGCGCGCAGAGCGUGAGGGAGGUGCGGCUGCGGCGGUCCUACCAGGCGAUGCUCUCGCAGCUGCAGGCGCGGCACCAGCAGGCCGCCUACGCGUGCGAGCUGAGGCACAAGGAGGAGCUGCGCCUUCAAGCUGAAUCGCAUGCAGCCGCCCUUGAGCGCCUGGCGGCAAACGGGCAGGACGCCGUCACCGCGGCCGUCCGGCAGCAACAGCAGCUGCAGCAGCAGCAGCAGCAGCAGCAGCAGCAGCAGCAGCAGCAGCAACAGCAGCAGCAGCAGCAGGCCCCGCAGUCGGAGGAGCUCGCAGAGCUGCGCGCCCGCCUCGCGGCCGCGGCGCGCGAGCGGGCGCGGCAGCAGGCGCUGCUGGAAGAGGCGCAGGCGGACGCGCUGCGCCUCGUCAGCGAUCACGCCCGCCAGAUCAGGGAGCUGCGGCAGGCACAUGCCGCUGAGCUGGCGGCGGCGCCGUCGCCCGGCGGCGAGCGUGCAGCCGCCGACGCAGGCACGCGGGGCGGCGCACGGGACGCGCGGGGGGGCGGCGACAGCAGCGGCGCUGGCGCUGGCGGCGGCGGCGGCGGAGGCGACAAGCAGUAA